AUGAUGCUCUCAUGUUUCACAACCCAUUACUUGGUGGAGUCACCUUCCCACGAAUGUGAAUUCUUCCAUGUUACCGGCUACUUCCAGACCUCCCAUGAAAGAGAACUAGCUUUGACUUACCACCGUCUUGCCCACAAUGCCAAACGCUUCACGGUGUUUAAGCAAUCGAAUUCGGAGAUGAGCUACACGGAAGACAUUGGUGACCUCUGCAUCUUUGUUGGAAACAAUGAAGCUUUCUGUCUCUCCUCCACUAUGUACCCGGGCCUUAGGCCUAAUUCUAUCUACUUUGUUGCCCUCGGGUCCGGCCCUAAUGCCGGUGUUUAUGACAUUGCCACCGGCACCAUCCAUCAUUUCCCUUUGGACCGCUUCCAAUCCCCUAAAUUCUGGUUUGCUCCCAUUGUGUAAUCUUCUUUCUUUUCUUUUUUUCUUUCUUUUUCUUUGUUCUUAAUGUUUUACCUUGCUUGGUUGUUGAUGGGAGCUAGAGAUAUCUACUCUGAGACUCUUACAUUGUUUGUUGCUCAUCAGCCCCUCUGUUUCUCUCUUUAUCCCACCUAAAGAGAUUUACGGAAAGAUAUUUCCCCUCCUGUUUAAGAGAUUUCUUGCAUCAGUCUGAAAUGUGUUAA